AUGGACAUCGACAAAUUUUAUACCACGUGGGCGAUCAAGGUGGAGGCUAUAAUGGAAGCCCAAGGAGUAUGGGAGGCCAUCGAACCAGAAGAAGGAGCGGCUGUGGAGGGAAAGAAGGACAAAGCAGCGAGAGCACUUCUUCUCCAAGCCCUUUCGGAAGAUCUUCUGCUGCAGGUUGCUCAGAAAAAGAUGGCCAAGGAGGUUUGGGACAGCCUCAAGACGAGGUUCAUAGGAGCUGAUCGUGUUAAGGCAGCGCGACUGCAGACGUUGAAAAGCGAAUUUGAUGGGUUGCGGAUGAGUGAAGGGGAGACAUUGGAGGAGUAUGCAGGAAAGCUGAGUGGCAUGUCGGCAAAGUAUACCAGCUUGGGAGCUACGAACGACGCAGAGAUGGUAAAGAAAUUGUUUGACACUGUGCCUACUAAGUAUUACCCAGUCAUCGCAAGAAUCGAACAAUUCUGUGAUCUCACCACGAUGCCUUUCGAAGAAGCCGUUGGACGUCUUAAAAUGUUCGAGGAGCGAAUACGCCAGACAGCACCUAGCGGAAACAACGGCAGUCAGCUACUUCUUGCCCAGACAGAUUGGAAAGGACAACAGUACCAAGGUGGCAAGGAAAGGAACCUCAGUGAAGUAAGCGGCAAUCGCGGCCGGGGUGGACGCGGUCGCGGGAGAGGUCGUGACAGAGGUGAGCACACCGAAACUUCACGCAGGGAGAACACAAGAGGCUCUGGCGGAGAAGGCCGUGACAAGAGCCAUAUAAGGUGCUACAACUGCAACAAGGUGGGGCACUAUGCAUCAGAGUGUUGGAGUAAACAACGAAAGGUAGAAGCCAACCUAACGUGCACAGAGGAAAAUGAGCCGGCACUCCUGCUGUCAGCAGCGGCAGAAAGAGAGAACUGA